AUGGACAGAUUUGUGUCCUCAACAGAGAUAGAAGAAUCUAAACGUAGAAGGGCAGAAGAAUGGAAGGCGGCGUACGAAAGAAUCGGUCAAAAACCACCUGCAAAGGAGGAGGAGAUAUAUGAUCCCCGUACUCUGUACGAACGUUUGCAAGAACAAAAGACGAAGAAAGAGGAAUUAUUUCAGGAAAUGACGAGAUUUAGCAAUUUGAUUCAUAGACUUGACGAGGAUGAAAUAGACUUCUUGGCUACAUUGGAAAAUGAAGAACGUGAUAAAGAAUUGGAAAAGAUGAAGAAAGUUGAAGAAGAACUCGAAGAAUUCAGGAGGGCGGCGGCUAAAGCUAACGAGGAAGCGAUACCCAAACUUGUAAUUCCCCAGCCGCCACCGCCAGCGCCGGUUAAGAGCGCCAUAAAAAGAGAUGCACAGCGUAUGAUUUUGGAUGGUGCAAUUAAGAAAAAUAUAGCACGUAAAAAGUCUUCAAAUGAAGGGGAAGGCGUGAACGCCGAUGAACUGUCUAGAAAAAAUAAGAGACUGAAGUUAGAUCAGUCACCAACACCUACGGCAAUAAAAGGGGCAACCACUAUUUCCACCACAUCUUCGAUCAUUAAUGAAAAAUCAACAUCAGUGGUAUCGAGUAAUAAUUCUAAGGAGUCAUCAAAAAUCACAACUUCUAAUAAUAAUAAUACACUAGCAUCGUUAUUACAGUACAGUGAUGACAGUAGUGACAACGAGAAUAAUAAUAACACCGACGAUCCGUGA